UUGAUAGCGGAACGCAGCUGAGCGCACACCCUGCUGUCAGGACUGUACUGUACAUAUUGAAAGAAAUAACUGGGGACGCCAAUCGCUUUAACUUCUGCUAUCGAACUGCUGCUAAUCAAACUUCACAGAUCAAUGUAAACACGGGUUUUUCUUCUUCUGGAGAGCAUACAGCUGGAGAGGAAUACUUCUUUUGUAUUUCUUUUUAAAUUAUUGUUAUUAUUUUGGAUAAAAGGGAUGGAUAAUGAAAAGUACUUGCCGGAGCUCAUGGCAGAGAAGGAUUCGCUGGAUCCAUCUUUCCUGCACGCUUUACGACUGGUCAAUCAAGAAAUUGAAAAAGUACAGAAAGAUGAAGAGAAAGAAGAUGAGAAGUUCAUUGACGUAGUUAUCAACAAGAACAUGAAGCUAGGACAGAAAAUAUUGAUACCAGUGAAGCAGUUCCCCAAAUUUAACUUUGUUGGCAAACUCCUGGGUCCACGUGGGAACUCCUUGAAGAGGCUACAGGAAGAGACCCUCACGAAGAUGUCCAUCCUUGGAAAGGGUUCCAUGAAAGAAAAAGAAAAGGAGGAAGAGCUUAGAAAGAGCGGAGAAGCCAAAUACCAGCAUCUCAGCGAGGACCUCCAUGUGCUGAUUGAAGUAUUUGCUCCACCAGCAGAAGCCUAUGCCAGAAUGGGACAUGCGCUAGACGAGAUCAAAAAGUUCCUCAUUCCAGAUUACAAUGAUGAAAUCAGACAGGCACAGCUUCAGGAGCUGACGUAUCUCAAUGGAGGAUCAGAAGAUGCAGAAGUGCCAGCCGUCAGAAGCAAACCAAUAGCAAGAGGCAGAGGCACACCCACACCAGGGCUGCCCAGGGGUAGAGGAGGGGUCCCUCCACCCCAGGCAGUGGUACCCCGUGGUGCUCCUGCCCCCCGGGCAGGCCCUCCAGGUCGAGCUCCCAUGACGACAGGACGUGGCCUCCCUGCACCGAGAGCCAGAGGGGCCCCCCCACCUACUGGAUACAGACCCGUUCCACCCGCUGCACAGGAAGCCUAUGGAGAAUUUGAGUACGACAAUGGAUACGGCACAGCCUACGAAGAUCAAGGUUACGACUCCUAUGACAACAAUUACACUGAUCAAGGUCAAAAUGCAAGUGAUUACUAUGACUACGGACAUGGGAUAAACGAAGACUCCUACGAUUCUUACGGCCAAGAAGAAUGGAGUAACACUCGUCACAAAGCGCCUCCAGUGAGAACAGCGAAGGGAGUUUACAGAGAACAGCCGUACUCCAGAUACUGAACUCUGUGCUGUUCAAAGGAAUAGCUUUUCUAUGAACAACCUCUCAUUUUUAUUGAACUGUUUAAAAACUCUGAAAGAGCCUGGGAUGUUGGAUUAACCACAGCCAUGGAGCCAUCAAUCAACUGAUUACUCUCUGUAAUGACAGACCUUUUUCAAGGAAAGAAAAUGUAUGUUGAAAGAUAUAGGUAAACUAACAAUUCAUUAUUAACUGGUAUUAAAAAAAAACAAAAACAAUAUAAGGCUAGUUUUAGCUAGACGUAGAAAUGUUUUCUAAAUAUGUUAUUUAGUCUUUUUUUAAUCAUGCAGGAUUGUGGUAAAAAAAAAAUUCUUAGUUUGGUUUUCUUUCUUUCUUUUUUGGGUUGGUGGGAGGUUGGGAGAUUUGGAGGGUGAUGGGUCUAGCUUCAUCCCUUGUAAAUUUACCUUAACAGGACAGACACAAAUAAUGAUAACCUCAAGAUGCAAACAAUGUUGUGUUCUUCUUGUUUUGUAACCAAACUCUUCAAAUGUUCUGUAGUUUUGAGCAUUGAGCUUCUUCAUGCUUGAUGGUAAAUAAAACUUUUGAAAGAAAAUGAUUUU